AUGUCCGACUUCAGGUUGCCUAGACCCCUUGGAAUGGACCCAUCCAAACGCGAUCAUAGUAAGAAAUGCGCCUUCCAUAAGGAGCAUGGUCACACAACGGAGGAAUGCAGGUGCCUCCAUUAUUUGGUCGAAAGGCUCACAAAGGCGGGACAUUUGAAGCAGUACCUCCGCUCAGAUGCCGGAGGAAGAGAUGCUUCCCGAAAUCACAACUUUGGAGCCCCCACGGCUUCGGCCGCCCCCAAGGCCAUUAUAAACUAUAUUAAUGAAGGUCCAUCGGAUGAGGAGCAUGACUCCAAGCGAAAGAGACUGAGAUUGUUACGGGAAGCAUUAGUGCGCGAGCGUACCAAUUCCAUCCGGCCUGGGAUAACUGGGAGGGCCCUCGCCCUAUAG